AUGGCCUCCAACAUCAAGCUCAUCGACAAUACAGCUCCUGCCGAGCGGCCAGCCCCAGACGACGCAUCCUUCUCCGAGAUAACAACCACCACCAGUUCAGUGUCUAGGUUAUGGAGUCGACCAUCGAUCCGUGCGGAGCGGGCGAAGCGCCGUUACGCGAAAUGGCAGCCUGAGCGGCUGGGUGUUGUCGCUAGUGGAAGCAAUGACAUUGCUGAGCCUGGGUCGGUACAGCCGUCGUCGUCAUCGGACGACGGUGAAUUAUUGCGUGCAAGAACCGAUACAAAUACCCUCACCAAUACAAGCGCAAUUCCGGAGAACAAGAGUCAUGUAAACGAUGGCAACGACGAGAGUAAAAACCCGCAGCGUAUUGCGACGGAACAAAUACAGCAGUACGAUUUCGGCACUGGUAACGAAGCAGAAUCAGGAGCUGAAAGGUCAACUACUCACCAAUCAAAAAAUCACCCUAAAAUCUGUGGCCUAAAACCAGGUAGCGAACUGGACAUACUUUAUGAAAAUCAGCGCGGUUGGUUCUUCUUCGGCGUCCCGCUCUACUCCAGCCAGUCCCUCCUUAACACGGACCCGGCUCCUUGGGUGAAUGCCACGGGGAAGCGGAGUUUUGUCGAUAUCACAAAUGCGCAGGUCCCUGACCCCAGCUGGGAAUGGGCUUGGAAAACAUGGCAUGUAGAUAUGUCCGGCGACGUCGACGAGCAAGGCUGGCAAUAUGCGUUUUCGUUCUUGAGGUCAUCAUCGUGGCAUGGCACGCAUCCGUUCUGGCAUUCAUUUGUCCGCCGGCGGCGCUGGGUGAGGUUACGUAUUAAGAAGGCUUCAACGGAGCGGAAUCGGCGCAGUCGGACGGGUUUAGAAAUGGCGCAUACGCUUAAUGAGGAUUACUUUACUAUACAUUCUGCGUUGAAGCAGAAGAGAGGUACUAGUUCGGAGAGGGCAUCGAGGGGUACGUCCGGUAACAUAGGAAAGCUUUUUACGGAUACGCAGGAGUACGUGGAGGAGAUUAGGGACAUCCCUACAUUAAUGUACGCGAUCAGAGUCGCAAUCGUGGAUCGGGAAAAGCUCAAUGCUGUGAGAAAGUUUGUUGACGAAGGAGUAGAAGAGCUCUACUAUCUAGAGGGAAAAAUCCCUGAGAUAAUGACCCGAUUCGUCUACAGAACCUCUCGCUGGCAGUUUCUCACGUAUCUGAACGAAACAAUGCAAUCCCUAGAUCAACAACAAAAAGAGCUCGAAACAACGGGCCAAACACAGCCAGAUUUAGAAAGCAAUAUCCAAAAUCUCCGGCGCAAACAAGAAUACCUCUCCCGUGCCAUCUCCACAGCUGAGCGCCAUCUUAUCGGGCCCACGGUGCUUCGAGUGCAAGAGCUGGAGCCUACUGAGAACCAGAAACAUGCAUCAACUUCAGCCGCUGAGCUGCUGGAUCUCACAGCGGGAAAUAGGAGGAAUAGCCUUAUAUCGAGAGUUUCAAGCAGGUUUACGUUCAAGCCGAUGGACAACGGGGGUCGUAUUAAGGGAAUCCCCAAGGAGGCAGAGAUUGGGCAUGAUUUUCAUAUCUAUUGA